UUGAGUCUUGCGAAGUGACAACAACUGAAGCCAAAUAUAUAACGUGGGGAUUUAUUUCAAUGAUAAAGUAAAUACAAACUGAAAGAUUAUAUUAUUACAUAAAAUAGUAUAAACUAGUAAAGUAAAUCAUUUUCUUUUGUAAACGAUACUUGUGUACAAAUAUAAUAACAAUAUGCCUAAAGCAACCAAACUUCACAACAAGGGUAAGAGCAAUUCCAUUCAGAAAUCUUGUAAACCUGAUAAAGAUAUAACAGACAAUGCCAACCCUGAAGAGUCCAUCAGAGAAUUUCAAUUGCAACUAUGCUGGUGUAUUCAACAAUUGGAAAGAACUUUAGCUGAGAAAAAAGGAAACGAAAAACAAUUACAAGAAGCUUGGAAAGUUUUAACAGUAUUGAAGAACAAUAAUCAGCCAAUGAUUCGUAAGAGACAACUUAUGAGAACACACUUUGGUGACUAUAGAGCUAAAAUGGCAGCUGAAGAGAAAAAACUAGCAAAAAUGGCAAGCAAAAUAAAGAUUUCUGAAAGUCCAACUCAGCCAAAAGCUACAUUUUUACGAAAAUCAGCUUUCUUGACAACCGGAGAUAGCUCAUUUAAAUUUAAUUUUAACAUACCACAGGAUGCUAUCAAAGAAACAAAUACACCAGUUGUUGAUGACAGUUGUGGCAACACUGAGUCAAAAACUGAUAAUGAGUCCACAGAUAAUAAAACUUCAAAUAAACAAACCCAGAACUUAGAAAGCUUAAAGUUUACAAGCUCUGGUGCUGAAUUUAGAUUUAACUUUAAUGUAGAUAGCCCCAAAUAAAACUACAUUACUUAUUACUUGUAUAAUGUGUAAGUUAAUUUUUUAAGUGUAAUAAAUUCAAUACAAAAACUUUGCAAAUUUUUUUCAGCACCAAAAUAAUCCUUUUCUUUACAUUAAUCAUCAUACUUCCUUUUAUUAUCACAAAGCUUUUGAUAGUAGCCUUCGCUCACAUUAGUUUCUUGACUAUCCCGUAUUUUUAAGCUGCAGGCAUAAUCUUCGAAAUAAGAAUCAGAGUUUGGUACAGCAAAUCCCACUGGUAAUUCAAAAUCUCUAUAAUAAGCUGCCCAAGUAACAACACCAAACAAUUUUUUGUUUUUAACAUUAAUCAAUGCUCCUCCUAAGACUCCAUGGUAACGAUUACAUCGUUCGUCUUCAUUCACGUAGCUGUUAUAAGAACAUGAAUGGUAACAUGGUACAUUGAAACCAACAAUAAUAUGAUUGUAUGCUAAAAUUUCACGGCAUAAUUGUAUGUCGACAACUACUUCUAGUUCCGUUAACUGGAAUUCUCGGUUUGAAAUUGCUUCCUGUUAAAAAUAUUAAAGAAUGGUUCUUGUUGUUGAUUAUGAUUGUUCACAAAGUCACGACAAUGUCUGUUUUUUUAUAUUUGUACUAGGUAAAUAUGGGCUACCUGAUGGUAAGUGGUCACCAAUGCACCACCAUUUCUGAGAACUAAGAAGUUAUGUCCUUUGUGCCUGUAAUUUACUCAUUCCAAACCAAAACAACAAUAUUAAAUAGUGCUGUUUAGCGGUAAAAUAAAUAUUAGGGUGAUACCUACCCUGGUGGACUUGCAAAAAGCUCAAAUACAGGGUCAUUUGAAAUGUACAAAUAUGUUUUAAUGUACAUAUUGGAUAGUGCAAGAUUGUGUCAGAUAUAAGUUAAACAAACCUUAUCCAUAGCAUAUCCCACAACUAUAUGAUCGAACUCAUCAAAUUUCAUGUUUUCAAACCACUUGAAUAAUUUAUCUGGUCGUCUUUGAUUAAAAGUUUCAACACUUUUCCAAUCUCCAGUAAAACCUCUGUUGACUAUAAUGAAACCGAUAUCAUCAUAUAACUGCUUAGAUUCCUUGGAAGGCAGUACAAAUGCUUUGACUGAUAAUCUUCGAUUCUGGUAUAUGACCGAUGUAUAAACUACUUUGAGGCUGUAUAAAAUAAGUAUACUAGUUUUAAUGUAGAAUUUUACUUUUGAAAAUAAAGUGUGAACUUGAUA